UUUAACUGUGCCUUGACAUUAAGGACAUUUUCUUUCCUAACGGCAUCUGAGAUAUUCGUGUAUAGCAGCUAUUUCAUAAUCUGCUUUGGUGUUAAAAAAAUUGGGAAAAGAAAACGAAUAGUUCUUGAACCGCCACAUUUAACUUUCACAUAUAAAUUUCUUUAAAAUGCGUGAGGUAAUAUCAAUACAAAUUGGCCAAGGCGGAAUUCAAAUCGGAAAUGCUUGUUGGGAAUUGUACCUUUUGGAGCACGGUAUUGAUGUUGAUGGCUCUCUGAAAAGUAAAACAGAAAGUUCGGAUGGAUCGGAUAAAUUAUCAAAAGAUACAAAAAGUGAAACCACUAAUGACUCAAAUACUUUUUUCGCUGAAACUGGUUUAGGCAAACAUGUACCACGUACAGUUUUUGUUGAUCUUGAGCCUACAGUUAUAGAUGAUGUCCGCACCGGUAACCUUAAGAGUUUGUAUCAUCCAGAGCAACUGAUAUCUGGCAAGGAAGAUGCAGCAAAUAAUUAUGCACGUGGCCAUUACUCUAUCGGGAAAGAAGCAAUUGAUAAAGUUAUGAAUCGGCUUCAAAAAUUAUCGGAACAAUGUGAAAGUCUUCAAGGUUUCUUAAUAUUUCACAGUCUUGGUGGUGGCACUGGCUCGGGCUUCACUUCUUUGCUUAUGGAACGCUUAACUGCAGAUUAUAGUAAGAAAUGUAAAUUGGAUUUUGCUGUGUAUCCUUCACCAAAAGUGUCUACGUCAGUUGUAGAGCCAUACAAUGCGGUUCUUACAACACACGCUACUUUAGAGACUUCGGACUGUGUUUUUAUUGUAGACAAUGAGGCAAUCUAUGAAAUAUGUCAGAAUAGUUUAAAUGUUGAUCGCCCUAAUUAUCGUAACUUAAAUCGUCUAAUUGCACAAAUUGUUAGUUCAACUACAGCUUCUUUACGUUUCAGUGGUUCUAUGAAUGUCGAUCUUAAUGAAUUUCAAACAAAUUUAGUACCAUAUCCACGUAUUCAUUUUCCACUUGUUGCGUAUGCUCCAUUAGUUUCAUCGUCAAAUGCAUCGCAUGAACAUAAUGCUAUAAUGGCAUUAACAAACUCUUGCUUCGAACCUUCAAAUAUGAUGGUUAAAUGUGACCCGCGUGCUGGCAAAUAUAUGGCUUGUUGUAUGCUUUAUCGUGGAGAUGUUGUACCAAAAGAUGUAAAUGCGGCAGUAUCGGCUAUUAAAUCUAAGCGACAUAUUCAAUUUGUGGAUUGGUGUCCAACAGGAUUUAAAAUUGGAAUUAAUUAUGAAAAGCCAGCAUGCGUACCAGGUGGAGAUUUAGCCCAAACUUCUCGAGCAGUGUGUAUGCUAUCAAAUACAACUGCCAUUGCUGUUGCAUUCAGUAACUUGGAUUACAAGUUUGAUUUAAUGUUUAAGAAACGUGCAUUUGUGCAUUGGUAUGUUGGUGAAGGAAUGGAAGAGGGAGAGUUUACCGAAGCUCGUGAGGAUUUAGCUACAUUAGAGAGAGAUUAUGAAGAAGUUGGCACAGAUGAUCAAGAACAAAGUGAUAAUGCGGAUUAUGAACUUUAAAUUGUGCUAUUAUAGGAAAUAUAAGGAAAAAUACUUUGUUACUUAUUUAAAAAUAAAAUAAAAUGUAAUUUGCUUUUUUAAA